AUGAAAAACAUAUUCUGCUUAAGUUUACUUUUAAUACUUGUAGUUGGAAUUCUUCAAAAUCCAUCACCAGGGAAUGCACAACCAGGUUGUGAGGAUGAGACUAAAGCUUUGGUAGAUCUUUGUGGGAAGUAUGUAUUGAACAAAGGUCCAAGAAUUCGACCAUCUACCGAAUGUUGUCGAUUGGUAAGGGAGGUUGAUGUAAACUGCAUUUGUAUGUCUGCAACUAAAGAGGUUGUGAAACGUAUUAGCAUGGAUAAAGUUCAUUAUGUUGCUGCUACUUGUCAUAGAGAAAUUCCUCACAUUAAGAAAUGUGGAGUCAUUAAAAUUGGUGGCUGA